AGGAAGUUGUACUGUGUGCCUCUUCAGCCCAUCAAUGCAGCAUUCAUUUUCACUCUGCGCAGGAAGAUGGAGGCAGUACAAAAGGAAUACUGGUACUUCUUGGUACUUGUUUCUCUCGCUUUUCUCAAAGUGUCGGAGCAGCUUAGGGCACCUGACAGUACAGUCCGGCUGCAGGAGGGAAUGAUGCUGGACUGUUUAUGCCCCUGGACUGGAAAACUCAGCAUGGUCUCCUGGACUAAACAACCUGAUCAGAGGCCGCUGGCCAUCUACCACCCUGAUCUCGGCGUUAAUUUCCGUGCACCCUACGAGGGGCGAGUGGAGUUUGUCAAAGCCUCGUCCAUGGAUGGCAGCAUCAUCAUAACGAAUGUGACGGAGGAGGACCUGGGCCUGUAUCGCUGCUCUCUGCAGACAUUCCCCCAAGGCUCUUGGACCAAAGACACACGGGUGGAAAAAAAGCUGGUGAUCUCCACCUCUUCCUCCGCCCAUCCUGACACCAAACUCGUUGUUUCAGAGAGUGAAAACGUGACUAUCAGGUGUGAAACUCACGCUGGAGCUGUGAGUGAGGUCAGUGUAGAGAAGCUGUGGUCAGGGCAGGAGGGCAGCACUGUGCUGGCAGUGUGCAAAGCGCUGGCAGACAGUGUAGAGGUCAUUGAGUUUGGAGACAGGAUCGGGGUGAACUGCACUGAUGAUUUAGAGAUGAGUGUGCACCUGAACGACGUGAUGGAGAAGGACGGAGGGCUUUAUCGCUGUAACUUCAGCAUGGACACUGGCACCCAGGACACCAGCCUGAUCAUGGUGACCAUCAUACCCAGUCGAGAAAAUCUUCACAACAUGAUGUACAUAUACAUCGGAGGAGGAGUAGCAGGUGCAUUCGUACUGAUGAGCGGAGUUCUCUUUCUGACGUGGUUGAGCAGGAGGAGAAAGAGGAGGAGAGAGGAGUACAGGAUCCAGCUGCACCCCGCCAAGAAACGACAGCAUAAUUCUUAUGAGCACGGAGCAGUGUAUGACAGAAUGAAAAAGGAGACAAAGCACCAGAGAAAGAAUAGUCCAGUGUACGUCAACCUGCAGACUGUACGAGCGUAUAAGAAAAGACAACGAUGACGCCUCUGACGCCUGAGCUCUGUUGAAAUGUUUCCAUUGACUUUCUAGCUGCUGGCAAUGUUUGACCCGGGUGGCAUAGAAAGUGCAAGCCUGGGUGCUGUUACUGACUAAGUCUAGCACAUACUAAUGUGUGAAAGUGGAGAAGAGUGAAAAUAUGCAGUGCUCUGGGCUCUAAUGACAUCAACAGCAUCAUUAGCAUUAUCACUACUGCUGGAUUAACUCUUGUCCAGCCCAUUUUUUGCUUUUGUAACAUCAGAAUCAGAUAUUUAUGUAUUAUACUGAGUAGAAAUAGACAUUUUCUUUCCUGUUUUUCCAUGACAUCCAUGUACCGCUCACAAUCAUGUUUUUUCAUAGUAACUGUUGCAAGUAAGACAGUCUAGUUUUACAGAAACGAUGGUCCGUAUUACAGAAACAUACUAACUCUGAGAUCAUAUCUUCAGUUAGGACUGAUUUUCUCUCAUUAGGUUGAAUGAAUAACUCACUCUAAAUGUAGGUAUUGUGAUAUAAACUGAGUCUGUUCUACAGUUUCUCAUUAGGUUGAAUGAAUAACUCACUCUAAAUGUAGGUAUUGUGAUAUAAACUGAGUCUGUUCUACAGUUUCUCAUUAGGUUGAAUGAAUAACUCACUCUAAAUGUAGGUAUUGUGAUAUAAACUGAGUUCUACAGCUUGUCUAACCUCACAACAGUAGCUAUGAAAACACAUUUGUGGGCGGAGUAUUUAGGUCAUUUGCAUAAACUAGAAGAAGCAAAGGCUGCACAAUUUUAGGUUCUGCUUUAGCUUGAUCAACACUAGAUUCUGGAGUGGACUGAUGAGUUCAGAAUCACUGCAGUUUGUUUUGCUGCUGUGCUUGCUUUC